CAAUGAAACCGAUGUCACCCCAAUCUCCCUUUUUUCUUUUCAACCUUCCGUAGUUUUCUUUCCUCCCUUACUGAUUCUGUGAGGCCAUUGACACCAUUCAAAUUCGUCUGCUCCAACUGUUUCUUCUCUGCUUUCUUGUGGUGUUUUCUUGUAAUUUUCUUUCUGCCAUACCGUUUUUUUCUUGGUGAGGGGUGGUGCAAAUUGUGACAAUGAGCACUUUGGCAAAUUGUGGAAAGUGCAUGAAAUAUGGUUUUUUCUCCCCAUCUUUGAUGAAAUCUUUUAAGCCAUUUAGGAGAUCCCAAAUGGCCUCUGUCAAUGGAAGAUACUGUGUUUGGAAUCAUUGUGUUCAGAGUUUGUUCUUAGUUGGGUACCCUUGUUAUGUGUUGAGGUAUCGUGAUUUUAAGGCCGAAGCUGGGUGGUUAUUUGGAAGGGGUGAGCAAGGGUUGGAUGCAAGUUCUGAGCACAGUGAGAGUGCUAAUGAGGAUAUAUUGUUGUUCUUCUUUCAGCUAGACUUAGCCACAAGAGUUCAGUAUGCUUUAAACAUGGAGGAAUAUGACAUUGCGAAGCAGUUGAGGAACAAACUUACUGAGGUUGAAGCAGAGGUCAUCAAUCAACAACUGUCAAAAAGGGGACUCUCAUCAAAAAGUGAAGCUCAAGAUAAAGCUUUGAGUAUUAUAACACUUCGUUCUAAUCUCCAGAAAGCUAUUGAGAAUGAAGAUUAUGCCUUGGCUGCUGAAUUACGCAAUGAGAUUUCGAAACUUGAGGCUGAGUCUCUAGCUGCGUCAGCUAAAGCUUUAGCAUAUAAAAAUGUGCAAUUUGCAUUUCGGUUGGGGCAAAAAGUGAGGCAUAAAGUUUUUGGCUAUAGAGCUGUGAUAGUUGGAAUGGAUCCAGUAUGUUGUGAAUCAACUUCAUGGAUGGAAAAUGCCCAGGUUAAGAAGUUAUCUCGUGGUUCGGCUCAACCAUUUUAUCAGGUACUCGUCGACGUGCGUGCUGAUCCUAACAUAUUGGUAGCAUAUGUCGCAGAGGAUAAUCUUGUAAUCCCUGAUCAACCAGACAUGGAAAGGUUUGAUCAUCCGUACAUCUCUUUUCUCUUUUAUGGAAUGGAUGCUGCUGGAGAUUUCAUCCCGAUCAAGCAACUGAGAGAGAAGUACAAUAGACCCCGGCACGAAGUCCCAAAUGAUGAAGAUUGAAGGAAGGCUUGAUUGCUAAUGAGAUUACAUUCAUUUUUUAUGCCUUUAUAGUAGUCACUACGGAGAGUACUAAUAUUACUGUCCAUGUAUAUAUGCUUGUAAACAAAGAUUGUGUAAAAAUGCUAUUUGUUCCUAUUUUCGUCGGAUCAAAACUAAGUUAAUAUAGGAUAUAGCAUUAGUCAUCCUAAAGUGGUGAUUGUGUAAAUAUAAUUGUGUACCUAAAACUAUGGAAAGAAUAAACUGAACUAACGACGGAAAUACUAUAUU